CCGGGAAGCCAGCGAGGUCGGUUCCGCCCGACUCUAACAUGGCGGCGCCCUUUGUCUGCUCUGAAGUGCCGUCCCCGGCCUUCUCGCGGCCGUGAUGCACCUCCCUCUACGGUGGGGUCCGGGACAUGGCAGCCAUGGAUUUUCCCCAGCACAGUCGGCACGUCCUGGAGCAGCUGAACCAGCAGCGGCAGCUGGGACUGUUGUGUGACUGCACAUUUGUGGUGGACGGGGUUGACUUCAAAGCCCAUAAAGCAGUUCUGGCGGCCUGCAGCGAGUACUUCAGGAUGCUCUUCGUGGACCAGAAGGAUGUGGUGCACCUGGACAUCAGUAACGCGGCAGGCCUGGGGCAGGUGCUGGAGUUCAUGUACACGGCCAAGCUGAGCCUGAGCUCUGAGAACGUGGAUGAUGUGUUGGCCGUGGCCAGCUUCCUGCAGAUGCAGGACAUCAUCACGGCCUGCCACGCCCUCAAGUCACUGGCUGAGCCGGCCGCCAGCCCUGGGGAGAAUAUGGUGGCCUCAGCCACGGAAGGAGGAGACAAGAGAGCCAAAGAGGAGAAGGCGGCUGCCCCCACGCUGGGUGAGCUGGACCCCGCCGGCAGUGGUCCGCCCACAGGCCCGGGCAGGGAGCCCAAAGAGGAGCGGGGUGGCCAAGCCGAGAGCAGGGCCAGUGGGGCCGAGCAGACGGAGAAGGCUGACGCCCCCAGGGAGCCGCCCCCCGUGGAGCCCAAGCCCGACCCCACGAGCAGCAUGGCCGCUGCCGAGGCCGAGGCCGCCUUGUCAGAGAGCUCGGAGCAAGAAAUGGAGCUGGAGCCAGCCAGGAAAGGAGAGGAGCGGGAGGCGGAGGGCGCGGCCGAGGUCAAGGAAGAGGGGCCGCCGCUGGAGAAGGGGGAGGCCCCCGAGGAGAGCGAGGAGUCAGCCAGCACGGACUCGGGCCACGAGCUGGGCGCCGAGGCCCGGGGCCUGCGCUCGGGCACCUACGGCGACCGCACGGAGUCCAAGGCGUACGGCUCGGUCAUCCACAAGUGCGAGGACUGCGGGAAGGAGUUCACGCACACCGGCAACUUCAAGCGGCACAUCCGCAUCCACACGGGCGAGAAACCCUUCUCGUGCCGCGAGUGCAGCAAGGCCUUCUCGGACCCGGCUGCGUGCAAGGCCCACGAGAAGACUCACAGCCCGUUGAAGCCGUACGGCUGCGAGGAGUGCGGCAAGAGCUACCGGCUCAUCAGCCUGCUGAACCUGCACAAGAAGCGGCACUCGGGCGAGGCGCGCUACCGCUGCGAGGACUGCGGGAAGCUCUUCACCACGUCGGGCAACCUGAAGCGCCACCAGCUGGUGCACAGCGGCGAGAAGCCCUACCAGUGCGACUACUGCGGCCGCUCCUUCUCCGACCCCACGUCCAAGAUGCGCCACCUGGAGACCCAUGACACCGACAAGGAGCACAAGUGCCCCCACUGCGACAAGAAGUUCAACCAGGUGGGGAAUUUGAAGGCCCACCUGAAGAUCCACAUCGCCGACGGGCCGCUCAAGUGCCGAGAGUGCGGCAAGCAGUUCACCACCUCAGGGAACCUCAAGCGGCACCUCCGGAUCCACAGCGGGGAGAAGCCGUACGUGUGCGUCCACUGCCAGCGGCAGUUCGCGGACCCCGGCGCCCUGCAGCGGCACGUCCGCAUCCACACUGGCGAGAAGCCGUGCCAGUGUGUGAUGUGCGGCAAGGCCUUCACCCAGGCCAGCUCCCUGAUCGCGCAUGUGCGCCAGCACACCGGGGAGAAGCCCUACGUUUGCGAGCGCUGUGGCAAGAGAUUCGUCCAGUCCAGCCAGUUGGCCAAUCAUAUUCGCCACCACGACAACAUUCGCCCUCACAAGUGCAGCGUGUGCAGCAAGGCCUUCGUGAACGUGGGGGACCUGUCCAAGCACAUCAUCAUCCACACCGGAGAGAAGCCUUACCUGUGUGACAAGUGCGGUCGUGGCUUCAACCGGGUGGACAACCUGCGUUCCCACGUGAAGACCGUGCACCAGGGCAAGGCGGGCAUCAAAAUCCUGGAGCCCGAGGAGGGGGGUGAGGUCAGCGUGGUCACCGUGGAUGACAUGGUCACGCUGGCCACCGAGGCACUGGCGGCAACGGCCGUCACUCAGCUCACAGUGGUACCAGUGGGGGCCGCGGUGACCGCCGAUGAGACGGAAGUACUUAAGGCCGAGAUCAGCAAAGCCGUGAAGCAAGUACAGGAGGAAGACCCCAACACCCACAUCCUCUACGCAUGUGACUCCUGUGGGGACAAGUUCCUGGACGCGAACAGCCUUGCGCAGCACGUGCGGAUCCACACGGCCCAGGCGCUGGUCAUGUUCCAGACGGACGCGGACUUCUACCAGCAGUACGGGCCAGGCAGCGCGUGGCCGGCCGGGCAGCUUCAGGACCUGAGCUCCCCUCUCCGCCAUGGAGCACAGCUGUGACGCUGCUCCCCCCUCUGCCCAUUGGGUUGGCUUACCAGGAUCCAGGCAACCCAGAGAGAGCCCAGCUCAGAAGCCCAUUCAGCCAGAGCGGCAAGGUAGGCAGAGAGCCAGGCCCAGCGGGCCACGGGCCCAGUUCUUUUGGGCUUGGGGAAGCAGGAGGGCUCCCCCCUCACUUCACAGGAUCAAGGCCGAGCCAGGGCCCCACUCUUUUGGGAACAUUUAUUUGCCCUGAAUCGAUGGAGUCUACGACCAGGCUGAGGGUCAGAAACCCGUGGCCAGGAGCUUUGAUGGGGGGCGGUGGGGGACACGGCCAGCAGGGGCCGUGGAACAGCUCAUCCUUACCCUCCUCAGCAGGGAGAGCUGAUGCCGUCCCUGCCCCUCUACAGUUUGCUCCGAGCAGUUGUAAUCCCUCCCUCAGAGAUGGCGCCACCUCCUCACUACGAGAGCCCCGUGAUUCUCUCGAGACCAUCAACUCUGUGGGCCUGUCCCCACCCCGCCCCCCGCCCCCCACCUCCCCAACUUGUAGUGGGUCCCGCUGCAGGGGAAGCCGGGCCCAGAUGCCCCACCCUCCUCGCUGGCACCGGGGCAGACCCGAAGGAGGAAGGGGCGAAAGACGAGACACCAAAGCUUGCCUGCGAGGUUUCAGUUUGCCUGGUGGGUGGUUCCCCCGCCCCCUCCUCCCCCCGCCCCCCCAUCCGACUUUGAAGUGCCUUCCACGUUACCCGAGAACAAAUAAGUUCAGUCUGUGGCAGAAACCUCUUUUGUACAAGAUAACGUGAUGCUUGGGGAGGAUUAAGUGGCAGGAAGGGAGCAGGUCCCGUGGACAGACUUGGGGAGGGAAACAAGCGGGACGAGGGCCAGCUGUUCCCAUAAGCAAAGGACCCUUGGUCCUCCCAAGUGACAAUCACAUCCACACUUGACGUGUUUUGUAUUUUUUAAUAAAGUUUGUAAUCCAAUGGACACACAAAACAAAACUGCGCUGAGAAAACCAGUUUCAUAAAUUAAUAAGUGUUAGGAAGUUGGGGGGGGAGAAGGUCAAGGUAACAGGAAGAGGGGAAGCCAGUCGUUUUUGUAGUCUGUGUGUGUGUGACACUUCCAGAUCGCGGGGGCAGGGCCCGUGCGGUAACGAAGCGCACUUAUACAAAUGAGUGACAAUACAAAGUCUGAGUAUGAAAAUAAGAUUCUUCUCUGAAAACACAUUUUUGGCACAGAUUAAAAAAAAUGUAUGUCAGGGGAAUUUGAUUUUUUUUAAGUCAGUAUUAUAUAUAUUUAUAUAUAUUAUAUAUUUAUAUAUACACACAUCCCAAGUUCCGCAUAUCCCACCAGGAAAGAGAAUCCUUCUGUCUGCUCUUUUUCGAUUGUAAACUAUACAUCCGGGUGAAUCAUAGUCGGUGGUGGCAGGAGAAUUAAGAAAGGUGACACAUUCAAAUGAACAAGGGGAAGGGUGGGGUGGGGACAAAACAACCCAAUGAAAUGUUCCUUGACCCCAGUGUUUCGGCAGAAGCCUGAUGUCCUGCGCGCGAGUCCUCGAUGUGUUUCAGGUCCACCAAGACAUCCAGAGUGUCACAGCCUGUCUUCACUGUGCAAAAGUCCAAGUCACUAAUUUAGUGCAAAGGCAGUUCUGUUUUGUUUCUUAAAAACAAAAACAAAAAAUUAAUUCCACUGCCCAGUUCCUUUUCUCCAAAAAGAGGAGAGAGAGAAACCCAGCCCCAAGGUGUCUGCAGAGUCCAUCGGGUGGUGGUC